UUUGUUGGAUUGGCCAGGAUUGGAUGGGACACAGUCCCAGUCUGCUGUUUGGUUGAUCAUUUUGAGCUCGGGACAGAUGUAACCGAAACAGUAAAUUAAUCCCAAAUGAUCAGGACACAGCUGACCCGUCUCUCCCCCUAGGUCAUUUUUGUCCCAAACUCAAAAAGCCCUUGUUCUCUCGCUUAUCGUUGCCUCGCAUGGAAGAUCAAAGGAAAAAUCACAGCUCGGUUGGCCAUCUACUAUAGUCGAUCUGGAGAAAGGGCUUCCAUUUGCAAGCAAAACCCCAAACUGCAAAGAACCCAGGCCAUCUUAUAGGCGGAUUCCAUUUGCAAGCAAAGCCCCAAACUGCAAAGAACCCAGAAAUGGAAGUUGGAGGUAGCAGUCACGAUAUCCGAGGGAUUGAAUCUAGACGUACAUGGAGCAAAGGGGAGGAAGAUGCUUUGCUGCUUAUUUUAAAUGAGGUUGUAGCUAGUGGGCAGCGGUGUGACACCGGAUCAUUCAAGCCUGGCACAAUUACUAUGAUUGAGAGGCGAUUGGCUGAGAUAUGUCCUAAUUCGGGCUUGCGAGCAAAUCCACACAUUGAGUCAAAGCUGAAAAAGUGGAAGAAACAAUACGGUAUAAUAUAUGAUAUGCUAAACAAAAGUGGCUUCGGAUGGAAUGACUCUCUUAAAUGUGUGGACGUUGAUAGUGACGAAGUUUGGAAAGCAUAUGUGCAGAGUAACCCAAGUGCAAAGGCAUGGAGAAGUAAACCGUUUCCGCUAUAUGAGAGGCUUGCUAGUAUUUUUGGAAAGGAUCGGGCAACAGGACAUGGAGCACAAACUCCAAUUGAUAUGGUCAAUGAUUUGAAUUUGAAGAGUGGAAAUGAACAAUUUAAUGAUGUAUGUUCUCCAAUGUCUGUGAAUGAAAUCCAUAGUGAACCGUCUACCCGACCCAAAUCAAAAGGUAAGAGAAAAUCUGGAAUGAAGGAUGAUGACAUUGUGAGCGGGUUUGGCAAUGUAGCAGAGAAAUUGUUUGAUAAAUUGGCUGCAAAGUUAGAUAAAUCGGAAGCCAAUUAUCCACAAUACUUAGCUAUGGAGCUAGACAGGUUAGGCUUCUCUGUUGAUGACAAUCUCGAAAUCUCUAAGGCAAUGAGAUUGGAUCCAUCGAACGUUGAGGUUUUUAAGAUUAUUAGAACGGAUACGGGCAAGAUUGAAUUUGCUAGAAAAUUUUUAAAUUACUAGGUGUUGCUGUGUAUCAUAUAUUUAAGACUAUGUAUGAGGGGAUAAUAACUAUGAACACUUGGAUGUGAACUUUAUGGACAUAUGUUGUAUGGUCGUUUAUGGACAUGUGGUAUGGUAAUGGAUGUUAGUAUUUAAUUAUGUAUGUAAAGACACUUAUAUGAAGCAUGUGUUAUGUUUUAGUGUAUUAAUAUGCACCUGAUUGAUUUAGUUAAUUGUUAUUUUGUCUAAUUUUAUUAUUAUCUUAUCAUAUUAUGUUAUAAUUUAUUAUAAUAUGCAGGAACAUUAAAUGGCAAGGAGAAGAGUUUAUGUUGUGUUUGAAGGUAGACAACCAGGAAUAUAUAAUUCUUGGCCUGAAUGUCAUCAACAAGUGCAAGGAUUUAAGGAUAAUUUAUAUCAAGCAUAUAAUACAACUGAAGAAGCUGAAAUAGCAUAUGCUGAGUAUGUAGAACGAAUGAUGAGGAAUCUAAAUGAGGCAAAUCCAA